AUGGGUGAUACAUCAGUAGGAUCAUAUGAUAGUUCUCGAGAAGUUCCUCUUCAAUCCUUAAACGAAGACGGAUCUCGAAAAGACAGAAGCUGGACAGACAGAGUUGUGGGGAAGAUGGAGCCAGGCUCCAUGAGAGGUUCGAUUUUUGCCUUGAUUUCUACAGCAAUUGGGGCAGGUUGUUUGACGAUACCUUUAAUCUUUAAAUGAUUAGGCAUCACACUCGGCCUGCUAAUGAUUCUUUUGGGAGCUUUUUCAAGCUAUUAUGGCUUGAUUGGAAUUGCUCUUGCAGCAGACAAACACAAAAAUUAUAAUUAUCCUAAUCUAGUUAGGACAAUUUUAGGCAAAAGAUGGGGAAUGAUUAUGGACGUGACGAUUAUUUUAUAUGUUUAUGGUACUUUAAUAGGCUACCAAAUCAUGAUAGGAGAAUUUGUUCCUAGCAUCGCAAAAUCAUUUGAUAUUCACACAAGCCCAGAAGAAACAAGGAUUGUGAUUAUGUGUGCAUCUUGUGUUUUGAUUAUGAUCCCACUUGGACUAUUAAAGAACUUAAGCUCUUUUCGAUUUGUUUCCAUGCUAAGUGCGUUUACUCUGGUUUAUAUCACCUUGUUGCUAAUUUGUGAAUUUUACCUUUUUGAGCGACACAAUAACUAUGGGAAGGUGGAAUAUUUGGCUCCAUGUCAAAUGACUGCGGAAAUUUGAUAGCGCGACAUCUCACAGGGGAAACUUUGUUCGAAUCAUUUUUGAUAGUGAGACAUUUGACCGAAAAAAGGGUCAAAUUUCGGCCAAAUGGAUACACUAUUUAAAAAUUUUCGACCAAAAGUAUUCAGUGAAAUGGACACUAUCAAAAAGGCAAAGUCAUUUGACCUGCGCCCGGAAUAUUUUGAUAUGAAUGUAAACAUUUUUUCUGGGUACGCAUUUUGCCUUUACUCUUUUACCUGUCAUACCAACAUCGCCCAGGUCCAAGGAGAACUCCGAUACAGUAACCUUCGGCGAAUUAAAAAGGUUUCCUUCAGGACCAUCUUCAGCGUCAUGGUUCCUUAUAUUUUCCUUGGUCUUUUCGGGUAUCUGUCUGUCCUCAACAAAACCCCAACCUUAAUCAUAAUGAGGCAUACACCAGACGAUAUAAGCAACGACACCCCAAUGGUCAUUUCUAGGAUCUUGAUGUCUAUUACCUUGAUUUUCGCAGUUCCCAUCAAUAUUCCUCCAUGCCGUACGACAAUCAUAAAGAACCUCUUAAAGAAAGAAAAUCCUUCAACUCAACUGUAAGGAAUAUUCAGACAUGUCACAGUUACGCUUGUCUUAUUGCUCACGACAUUGGCCAUCGCAAUUGUGUACCCAGCAAUUACUGUUCUUUUUGGGUUCUUAGGAGGGUUCUGUUGUGGAAUCAUUGUCCUAAUUCUUCCAGGUGAUUUCUAUUUAGCAUUACUGAGAUGCAACAUUAUGGGCUAUGAGCCAAGGAGUUGGCAGUUCAUUGUGAUCGUUGGAGGAUUCACGUUUCUGUUUCUAGUUGGGUCAAUUAGUGCAGUUCUGAGUCUUGCUGGAAUUGGAGGUUAA